UGUCGACAGUUUGACUUUAACAGAGUUUGGUGAAGGUUAGGUGCAAUUAGUACUUCAGUGAAUUGUGUUUGGUGCUUAAUAUUAAUGAUGAAGAUGGCAUUUGCAAGUAAAAGACAGAAUCUCGAUUUGUUCUACAAUAUGUUCAAAACUGAGUACGAAACUUCGAUUCGGAAUGUGGAAAUGUGCAAAGAGACGGCCGAUCACAUUUACGACCAUGUUCAAAGGCAGUGGGACUCAACUAGAAAUAUAGAAACAUGUCUCGUGAACUACGACAAAGCUCUCACCGAUCUGUCACACUUGGCAGACAAACUGCGCAAAUUCAACAUACAACUUGAGCUGGAAUCGUUGCAGAAAAUUAAAGAGCCAAAAGAAGAAAGAUUUACAUUUCCAGAGCCCCAAUUACUGAAUUCUGAUGUUGGGUAUGAGUCAGAAGGCGUUGUUACAUACAUAAAAGAUGCGAAAAAUAAACUUUUUUACAUUACUGAAACGGGAGAGAAAACUCAUUCUCACCAAAUCAUCAGCAUGCAAACUUAUUUCAACGACAACCCAAGAGAAUUCGAGGAGCUUCCCAAGGAUGGCGAAGUGUUUGGUCUUCAUCUGGAAGGUUAUAUGUUCCGUGCAGUGAAAGAGAAUGGAGAUUCAGAUAAAUUUUCAAACUUCAGCGCAUAUCUCAUUGAUGUCGGAGAAAUUGUCACAAUCAACGAAUGCAUGCCGAUGUACGUCCUUCCUGAAGAUUAUCAAAAAAUGCCGGCACAAGCUGUUCUAUGUAAAUUGGAGCAGGUGAACAACAGUCAUGAUACAAAUCUCAGUGAAUAUUUGGGGAAGAGUUUAUAUGUGAAACACAAAUUUCGAAUUGUAGAUAGGGACAGGAACAUGUUAUUCGUAAACCUAUACGGAGACACAAACCCGUUUAGGAAUAAGAUGAUGGGAAAUAAAGGCAGUGCUGUGACAAAUGAAAAGCCCGUCCCACAAAUAACGAACCCUUUCAAAAGGUAUAUAUGCAUAAAAACACAAAUUGAUCGUAGCCAAGUUGAUUUUUCAGACGUAAAUAAUAAGCAAUAUAUCUCGAAUGUAAGAAUUGAAAGGGAUGUUGUGAUUAAUGAGAGUUCUUUUGAUGAUAAAAGGAUUGGCAAUCAAGUCUUGGAAAAUGAAGGAAAUCUUAUCGCUAAAACUGCUAACAAUGGUCCUAUCCAUGGUUUUGACUUUAAUAGAAAUAACGAAAUUGAGCAAGUGAAUUUCAAUUCUAAUGACUUCGAUACGAGUUACAUGAGUAAAGUGCUAAAUGAGGUGUUUAAAAAUCGUAAUAACAUAAAUGGUAGGGAUUACAAUAACGCGAAUGGAGUAAACACAACAACUGAAGAGCAAAGAAGGAUUCUCUAUGAGGAGCCGUUGAAUACGUCCAAUGCAAUGAAAGCGGUGAUGGGUUAUGAACCGAAAGAUGAUCGACGAAUCUGCAGAUUCACUAACCCGGGGACCAAUUCAUGCUUCAAAGGAGCAAAAUGUAAACUGGAGCACGUUGAGAAAAUGAGAGACGGCUGGACUCGUGAUGAAGCUUCAACAAUAAUUGACAUUCCCAGUCAAUUUAUCUACCCAAAGAUCGGUGAGCACAUAAAGAUAAUCCCGACUCAUGUUUUGAACGUGGAAAACUUUUUCGCUCAAGUCGUCCAAAACCAAGCAUCUUACGAGCCAACUCUUAAGGAAAUGAUUUACAAAAUGAACUCUCCAGACAUUGUUCAGAGUUAUAAAGUUUUAAAGUCAAUGCCAGUGCUCUUUUCAUUAGUGAUAGCGAAGUACACAGAUGGGUAUUGGUAUCGAGCGAAAGUUUUAAAUCUUAUGGAUGACGAAACCGUGAAAGUAUUUUACGUUGAUUAUGGGAACUCUUAUGUCGUUGGUAUAGAUGACAUACGAGUAUGGGACAGACGCUUUGAGUAUCUUCCAUUCCAAGCAAUACGCUGUAAAAUCGUGGGCAUAGCAGAGAAACGGAAUCGAUCGCUAGAAGCUGCCGAGCAGUUGCGUAAAAUGAUACUGAAUAUCGGGAUAAAAGCUCUUGUUGUAAACAACAUUGAACAUCUCGAUCUGCGACUGUGGGGUAUCUGCAAUAAUGAUAUUGCUGAAGAGUUGAUUUCUAUGAAACUUGUAGACAGAAAAGAAACGUCGUUUAUAAGAUCAAAUCAACUGCUUCCCGCUUGAUGAAUGUAUCUGCAAGGUUGCAAUCAAGAAUAAAGUUUCUUAUAUUUUCUUAAAUUGUAUAACAUAAGUGAUAAGAGUGUGAAGUGAACAUUAUCUACUGGUAUGGAUAAAAUUUGAUCUCUAAAGACUAUAAUAAAGUUUUAAGCCUAG